AUGCUCGACCGCACGGCAUUCCCGCACAUCUUCGACCUCGUCCUGCGGCACGCGCCGACGCCGUCGCUGAUCCGCCUGCGCCUCGUCUCGCGCGAGCGCCCGACGCGGUGGUGGGACUGCGCUGAGGAGCCGGACGCCGAGCAGGAGGCGGAGCUCGCCGUCGUCGCGACCCAGCUAGCGCGCACGCGCGUGCUCGACGUCGCUGGCGCCGUGCCCGUGUCGUUUACGCGCUGGUUCCACCGCCUCAUCGGGCCGCGGGGCACCUUCAAGACGAACCGCAUCACGCGCGUCUUCAACCACAAUGACCUCACCGACGACCCGGACACCUGGCCCGCCCGACCGACACCAGACCCCCUCUCCGACGUCCUCGUGAGGUAUUCCUCGCCCGUUGCCCACACCAUCCGCCGCGGCCUGGGCGGCCUGUCGUCCCUUUCUAGAGUUUCUAGAGAUGGCCACCACAAGGUGGUGCACCACGUCAGACUGCGCGACAUCAAGCUCGGCCAAGGCGCCUACAUGGCUCGUGACACCGCCUUAUUCGGGGCAUCCGCGUACUACGUCGUGUUUGAGGAGGACCUGGGCGCUGGCGAGGUGCAGGAGCUGCUCGAGGAAGGCAACAUUUCGAAACAGCUGGUUACGUUCACCGUAGGACUGGCACGCCGCGUCCGUUGCGGCAAAUCCGUCGUGCUUGUUGGCUUGACUAGCACGCAGAGGAGGCCUCAUAAGGCGCCCAGAGUCACGACGAAACACUCCCCUGGCGAGCUCCUCGCCGGAUACAUAAUGGAGAAGCUUUGCUCGCUGUUACGAGAUGGCCCGGACAAGAUACACAGCCGCGUCCAGUUCACCAGCCAUGCCGAGUUCUGCAGCCUCUUCAGCGAGGACGACCGGCGGAUCAUCAUGGCCCCACGCCCGCCAGCUGCCGAUCCGGAAACACCCGCCCCCGCCCCCGCCUCGCCCUAG